CAACAGGGAAGCCCAUCGGCUCAGAUGCACCGAACCCUACCACGCCACCCGCCCCGCGCCCCGCGCUGCCCCGACCCCGGUCGGGUAUAUUACCUACGUCUGGCUAUAGCGGCCGCCGUCGUCGCAGGAGGUGGGAAAGAAUGAUCGGAACCAAGUAGAGGCCCUGAUUCUUCAAAAAAACAAACGAAAGGGAAACGUAGAGGCUUCAUUCUCUUUGUCGAUCGUGUUGUGCGAUUUCUUUUACUAUGGCACUCCCCAAGGUUCCCCCUAGCGGCAUUUGGGCGCCGGCCGUGACCUUCUUCGACCCCGAGACCGACACCCUCGACACCGAGUCGCAGGCGACGUACUACGCCUACCUCUCGAAGUCGGGCCUCGCCGGGCUCGUCAUCCUAGGAACCAACGCCGAGACCUUCUUGUUGACCCGCGAGGAGCGUCGGACGCUGCUCGAGACGGCGCGGCGCGCGUGCGGGCCCGCCUUCCCCAUCAUGGCCGGGUGCGGCGGCCACUCGACGCGCCAGGUCCUAGAAUUCAUCGCCGACGCCGCGGCCGCCGGUGCCAACUACGCGUUGGUGCUGCCGCCGGGGUACUUCGGCAAGGCGACGACGGCGGCGGUGGUCGACCGCUUCUACGCCGACGUGGCAGCCGCGAGCCCGCUCCCCGUGCUCGUCUACAACUUCCCGGGCGUGUGUAACGGCGUCGACCUCGACUCGGCCACGGUCGCGCGGCUCGCCCGCGCCCACGACAACAUCGUCGGCGUUAAGCUGACCUGCGGCUCCGUGGCCAAGAUCACGCGCCUCGCCGCCGAGCUGCCCGCCGACCGGUUCGCCACCUUCGGCGGCCAGUCCGACUUCCUCAUCGGCGGGCUCAGCGUCGGGUCCGCCGGCUGCAUCGCCGCCUUCGCCAACGUGUUCCCCAAGGUCAUCUCGCGCAUCUACGCCCUGCACCGCGCCGGCGAGCACGCUGCUGCCCUCGCCCUGCACCAGAAGGCCGCGCUCGCCGAGCAGCCCUGUAAAGCUGGCAUCGCCGCUACUAAGUACGCCGUCGCUAUCCACUCCGCCAAGGCUGCCGGCAUCCAGGACGCAGCCAACAAGCUCAAACCCCGCCGGCCGUAUCUCGAGCCGACCGACGCGGCGAAGGCUGAGAUCGCCGCACAGAUGGCAGAGCUAGCCGCCAUCGAAAAUAGUCUGUAGGCAGACAGAGGGAGGGAGAAAGCCGUAGUAAGAGUGUGGCUAGAUAGAUAGACGGGUAGAUUACUAGUUUUACCAGCCUCCGGCACAUAGGACACACGUUGAAAUUGUGAAUAUCAAGAACGUCGCGGCUGCUUCUGAUUUAGAGC